AUGAUGAUUUUAGUGAUCGUUGCGUUCCUUGUCUGCCUUGUAAGCUACGUUUACCGAUCAUUGAAGCCUCCACCACCUCGAAUCUGCGGGGUUCCUCACGGUCCCCCGGUUACUUCUCCGAGAAUCAGGCUCAGUGAUGGAAGAUUUCUUGCUUAUAGAGAAUCUGGCGUUGAUAGAGCCAGUGCUAACUACAAGAUCAUCGUCGUUCAUGGAUUUAAUAGCUCCAAAGACAUGGAAUUUCCCAUCUCUAAGGAUCUUAUUGAAGAACAAGGGAUAUACUUUCUGUUUUUCGAUAGAGCAGGAUAUGGAGAAAGUGAUCCACACCCUUCACGCACAGUCAAAAGCGAAGCCUACGAUAUUCAAGAACUCGCCGAUAAACUCAAGAUCGGACCAAAGUUCUACGUUAUCGGGAUAUCACUCGGUGCUUACUCGGUUUAUAGCUGCCUUACAUACAUUCCCCACCGACUAGCUGGAGCAGUCUUAGUGGUUCCGUUUGUGAGCUAUUGGUGGACUAAAGUGCCUCAAGACAUAUUGAGUAAAGCGUUCAAGCUAAUGCCAGAAAAAGACCAGUGGACAUAUAGAGUUGCUCGUUAUUUUCCUUGGCUCUUGUAUUGGUGGUUGACCCAAAAGUUGUUUCCUUCUUUGAGUAUAAUCUCCGAGAGAAGUGCGUUAUGCAGCGACAGAGAUUUGGUCAUCCUAAAAAAGAAGUUGGAGUAUCAGAGUCCUCACAUGGAAAAAGCAAGGCAACAAGGAGACCAUGAAUGUCUUCACCGGGACAUGAUAGCUGGCUUUGCGACAUGGGAGUUCGACCCGACUGAACUGGAAAAUCCGUUCGCGGAGGGUGUAGGAUCAGUCCACAUGUGGCAAGGGGCCGAAGACAGGAUUGUUCCGCGCGAAGUUAACGAAUAUAUAUCAAAGAAGCUUCCAUGGAUAAAGUAUCACGAACUCUCCGGCUAUGGACAUCUUCUACACGCCGAGGAGCAGAAAUGUGAAGACAUUAUAAAGGCGCUUCUUGUCGAGUGAUGAUCAUCUAUCUACCCAAAGAUGGCUUAACGUUAUUCACUAAUGUUGAAGGUCUCACUCAAAAUAUGGAUUACUAUGGGGGGAUUUUAUCGGAUGAGUA